CAAGAAUUAACUCAAAUUUCGCUUUAUUUUAUUUUAUUAUGGAUUAAGUUGACUUGUCGCAAACCUUAAAAAAACUUAUCGAGUGGAAGAACUCAUCUCCAACCACCCUCUAUAAUCUAUUGGAUUAAAUAGGCACUCAGAAUUUCAACUCCAACAGAAUUGUGCAUCAGAAAUUCUUAUAAGCUGUCUAAAAGUUAGCCCAAUUGCAUGAAAUACCUCCUAAUACCAUAUAUAAAUCGUAUGAUUAUGAGAAAAUGAUAGACAAGGCCAAAUCCAUCCUUAAAAUAUUGAGAUAACCCCUACAAAUGGAAGUGGAAAAGGAUAAACCGGAACCCAUGAAAAAAUAUAAUUUAUUCUCUGGAUACCAGUAGCAAUUCACAGGAUACGUGGAUAGAAUACAGAAUCUUAAUCUCAUUAGCAAUCUAAUCUUACAUAUAUUCAAGAAUUGGAAUCAAUCAAAUAAGGAACAAUUAAUUUCAAUUGACAAAGUCAAAGAAGUCACUAUAGGCUUAGAGAAGGAGAUUUAUUUGAGAAAUGUUUUCAAAGACUCCAAAAAGCUGGCUUAUGAGAUGGACAUCAAAACCUUGGUGCAGUUUAUGAAAAGAGAUAAGUCUGGAGAUGUGCUCAUACGAGUAUUCAAUAAAAGUCUCUCCUAUCAAUAAGCUGCUUAAUUGAAAUCUGAGGAUUGGAUUGAUGAAAAAACUAAACUGAAUUAAAAGGCAGCCCAAAAGGAAGAACUCGAAAUCAAUUAGAUUGGGUUCUACAAGGAGGUUUCAAAAAGAGAGAUGGAUGGAGUCGAAGGGAAAUAAUGUAAAGGAUGCCAUUAAAAAAAAGUGUAUCUAGUUGAAGAAAAGUAAACUAGAUGUGCAGAUGAACCUACUACUAAGUUUUUUGAAUGCUUUAAUUGCGGAGAUAAAUUUCUAUUAAAACAGGGAAAUCAAGUAACCAACCAAUUAAGAGAUGAAUUAGUCAAUCUCUUUUCUAUGACUGACACCGAAGAUCCUUAUCUCUUAAGCAAAAGAGCUCAAACCAUUAAGUCAGAGAUCGAGUAACGAUUUAAGUAUCGAUGGAAUAUCAUUCUUUUUAAAAACGAUGCUCAAUUUGAAUCUUCCCUUGUUUUUUCAGAAGAGUUUACCCUUGAGUUGAAGUCAGAAGACUAUGGGUUGUUGGCCUACAUCAUACCCGAUUAACCAUUAACUCAAUAUGAACCAAGAAGAGAUUUUGGAGUCAGAAAACCAUAUUACAAGGAUGUGAUUGACAAAUAACAAUAUGAGACUAAUAAUUCUGUAAUUAGUUAUCCUGGCAUCAGAUAUUAUCCUACAUAUUAUCCUUGAAUAUUUUAUAAUUAUUUAA